AUGAUUGCUGGUUCACAGUUUGGUGGUCCUAUUGCCAUGAUUCGCGACGAUAAGAAGGUGCUAUUGCUACAGAAACAACAGCCGAUCAAGCCCACUGUUUACAUGUAUACCUCGGCAGGAAAGCUCAUUGAUCAAAUACAGUGGGAAAAAGGACGAAUCAUUGCAUUAGGCUGGACGAAGCAUGAAGAACUUGUGAUUGUUACAGAAGAUGGAUUUGUGAGAUUGUAUCCCCUUCAUGGUUCAUAUACGCAAUUCUCGCUAGGAAAGGAAGCCAAGGAGCAAGGCAUCCUGGAUUGUCAGAUCUGGAGCACAGGCCUGGUGGCAAUGACAAACAAGUACAAGCUUAUUGCCGUAACCGAUUUUUACGAGCCUCGACCCAAGCUUAUGGCUGAUACUGGCCUUGAUGACAAACCGCAUAGCUGGACCGUGAUUCCUCCGCAAUAUACCCUUAGCAGACACGUGGAGGUCCUUAUUGCCACUGGCUCAACGAUCAUUGUGGUUGACAACAAAGAAUCUGUGGAUCAGAGAUUGCAGCAAGGACCCUUUACCAAAAUGGCGAUAUCUCCAAAUGGAAAGUUCUUAGCACUCUUCACAUCGGAUGGGAAGUUAUGGGUGGUUUCCACGGAUUUUCAAAAGAACCUUUCGGAGUACGCGACCAAAUCCAAAAUUGCUCCUCAACAGCUUGUAUGGUGUGGUACUGAUUCAGUUGUGCUCUAUUGGGACAAGAUUGUCUUAAUGGUCGGUCCUUUUGGAGAUUGGAUCAAGUUUUCAUACGAAGGGCCGAUAUUUUUGAUAUCAGAAGUGGAUGGCGUGCGUAUCAUGAGUGCCGAUAAAUGCGAGAUGCUACAGCGUGUUCCUGCUGCAACAGAAGAAAUUUUCAAGAUUGGAUCAACAUCACCAGCAGCUUUGCUUUUUGAUGCUCUAGAUCAUUUCGAGCGCAAGAGCCCAAAAGCUGAUGAGAAUAUCCGUAAUAUCAAAGCCGAUCUUGUUGAUGCAGUCGACUGCUGUAUCGAAGCUGCUGGAUUUGAAUUCCAUCAUUAUUAUCAACGAUCAUUACUCAAGGCAGCGUCUUUUGGAAAAUGCUUUCUCGAAAACUACAAUGCGGAUCGUUUCGUGGAAAUGGCACAAUCUUUGCGUGUAUUGAAUGCUGUUCGAGAUUACCAUAUCGGCAUCCCAUUGACUUACGCUCAGUUCAAGCGUCUCACACCCGAUGCAGUCAUCGACAUACUGAUCCGCAGGAAUCACCAUUUACUGGCCGUUCGCAUUGCCGAUUAUCUCAAAGUCAGGUCCGACAAAAUCUUAGUUCACUGGGCUUGUGCAAAGAUUAAAGCUUCAAAUGAAGAUGAAGAGAGCAUUUGCAGAACGAUUGUCGAUAAGCUUUACAAGAAACCCGGGCUCUCAUAUGCCGAAAUUGCAAAAACGGCGUACAACUCUGGACAAUCAAGAUUGGCAACAAAGUUAAUCGACCAUGAGCCACGGGCUGCAGAUCAGGUGCCUUUAUUGAUCUCAAUGCAGGAGGACGAGUUGGCGCUUAUGAAAGCAAUCGAAAGCGGUGACACGGAUUUGGUUUAUUUGGUGAUAUUCCAGUUGAAGCGCAAACUACCCCUUGGUGAAUUUUUCAGGGUGAUCAACAACAAGCCAUUGGCCUGUAGCUUACUUGAGGUCUACUGCAAGGAGCAAGACAAGGAACUGCUCAAAGACUUUUAUUAUCAAGAUGAUCGCAGGAUUGAUAGCGCGAAUACAAUCUUAUCAGAGGGAUUUGAACAUCAAGAAGUCGCAAGUCGAAUAAGCGAGCUCAAGGUCGCUGCUAAAACCUACCAAGAUGACAAGGAGUGUGCAUUCGAAGCAAAGGCGACGGAUGAAGCGGUCAAAUUGCUCCACAUGCAAACUCAAUUAGAGAAGGAUACGCAUCAACCAUUUGUCGGGCUAUCUGUAAGCGAGACGAUUUACAAGUGCACAAUGCUUGGCCAACAAAGCAAGUCGUCCAAAGUGAAAAGCGAGUUCAAAGUACCGGACAAAAGAUAUUGGUGGAUCAAAUUGCGAGCACUGGUCGAAGUUCGAGAUUGGGAGAAUCUAGAGAAGCUCGCUAAAAGCAAAAACUCGCCCAUCGGCUACGAGCCUUUUGUCGAGGAAUGUAUCAAAGCCAAGCAGUAUCAAGAAGCAAGCAAGUACAUUUUGAAAUGCGACACAUCAGUGAGGCCAAUGCUAUUUGUCAAGAUUGGAGCAUUUAAAGAAGCAAGCGAGCAGGCAUUCCUCAACAAGGAUACUGAGGGCUUAAAGCAAGUUCGAGCCAAAUGCAACAACCACAUUGUAGCUCAAGAAAUCGAUUCAUUACUUGCUCAGCUUAAUGCCAAAUAA